UCAGUUUUAAAACAUUAACAAUACGAGUCUUGACUUGAACAGCCAUAGUCAGCUGGUUGUCGUCGCUAGAUAGUUUCUUUGUGUGUGAGUGUGAUCGAAGUUCCAAAAGAACUACAAAGUAUUAAAUCAGUGUAAAAUGGCAAACGUCAAUGUAAUGUCAGGCUCUACAAGCAUUGAUAGAGAAGACUGUCAAUUUACGUGGACGAUUAAAAAUAUUAAUUAUAAAGAUUUGAAAGAAGGUGAAAGUUUAGAAUCACCGAUAUUCAGUGCUGCAUGUGAUAAGAAAUUUUACUUCCGAUUGAUCGCUGAAAAGAUACAGUCAAAUGCAACGGACAUUCCUGUAUCGAUCAGAAGUUUAUAUUUAUGCACCAAAGAUAUAUUAAACGAGAUCAGAUGUGACUAUCGCAUUAUCAUUAAUGUAGAUGGAAGAUUCAAGAUCCAGACUUCUGGUACAAUAAAAAUUCUUGACGCCGAUACAACAUACAAAAUAAAAGAUAGCUGUAUGAGCAGCGGUUAUUUUUGGUCUGAAAAUGUAACGGAAAUUGUAUGUAAUUUAACAUUAUCCAGAGGAAAUUCAACUUCAUACAUGAACUCCAAAUCAAUAGCCAAUGACAACAAAGACACGAUACCGAAAAUAAAAUUCGAUUGGGCAUUUCUUGACAUAGAAUUAAGUGAUGUUAAGCUACGAACUGCAUCUGGCAAAGAAAUUCCCGCGCACAGACUAAUACUCGCAGCUAUCAGUCCAGUGUUCAAAGCCAUGUUUACACAUGAUAUGAUAGAAAACAAAAACCAAUUAGUUGACAUGGCUGAUGUUAGUCAUGAAACUGCAGUUGAAAUGCUACGUUAUAUUUACACAGGUAGUGUUGCAAACAACAAGACUUCCUUGACAAUUAACCUUUUGGCAGCCGCUGACAAGUAUCAACUUCAAGAUUUAAAAAAUAAGUGCGAACAACAAUUGAGCUCCAACUUAUCAACUAAAAAUGUUUAUGAAAUGUUAAACAUUGCUAAUAUGUAUAGCGCGAAGAAUUUGAAAAAAGAAGCAGUGGAUUUGGUUAAACGUAAUAUAAACAGUUCAUUGGACUAUGAUGAAAUAAGUAAUAUGCUUCUCGGUACAACGCUAUCAGUUUCAAAGUAAUUAAAUAAUUUUCUUUUGUACACAUUUUACUUAAACGUUUGUUAUUUCUAUGAUCCAAAUGUUAUAAUUGUAGUUCUGAUCAAAAAAUUUAAAAUUUCAAAUCGAAAAUUAAUAAAGUCAAAGUUUACUUUAUCCA